AUGACUGACCAGGACAAGGCAAUGGAAACAGCAAUAAAGGAUGUCUUCCCAAACACAGUGCAUAGGUGCUGCAAAUGGCAUGUCCAGCGAAAAGCAAGCGAAAAGUUGGGUAGGAUCCUGAGCAUGGAUGAAAAUUUUGAGCAGGUUUUCUAUGGGGUUAUCAAUGAUUCGGAGACGGUGGAUGAGUUCGAGGAGAAUUGGCAGCAUAUGCUGCAUUGCUUUGACUUGGUUGACAACAGACAUCUAAGCAACAUGUGGCGUAAGCGAGAGACCUGGGCUCCAGCAUACUUCCGAAAGAACUUCUUCCCAUUUACAAGCACUACAGGGCGGUCUGAGGGUCUCAACUCCUACUUCAAGACAUUUGUCAACCCUCAAGACUCUGUCUGGAGAUUUGUACAACAAUAUGAGGUGCUUCAAGAAACAAUGUUGGACCAUGAAGACAAUCAAGCUUUCAUAGGCCAUGCAACAACUGCACCACUUUACUCGAGGUACAACUUUGAGCGCCAAGCAGUUCACUUCUAUACCCGAAGCGUGUUUCUCAAGUUUCAAAAAGAGGUCAUGGCAUCAACAGGCUUCAUCAUGAACCUGGCCCCUGCUCUUGACAAUGCAAGCGUGAGAAAGUAUACAUGGUUGGCUUCACAAGCUUGCAGCAACGAUCUUGCCUACAAAAUAAUGAAUGAUGCAGCUCACCAACUUGAGCCCCUCAUAGCUGCAGCAAAGCAAGGGGCGCUCCCAGAACAACAGAAAGCAAAUCAGCGGCAAGCAAUGCAACAGCAACAACAAACCCCCGAGCCAACCACUGUGCCGCAACCUGAUGGCGAUGCCAUGCUUCAGAACCCCGCACGUGUUCCAAAAAAAGGGCAUCCGACUGAAAAAUCAAAGAGGAGAAAGACUCUGCUUGAGCAACGAGAAGAUGCACAUAAGAAUAAAGCUAAGAAAGAUGAAAAGAAGCAAACCAAGCCCAGAGGAAAACCUAGACCAAAGAAGAAAGCGCCUCCUUGCUCGUACUGCAACGAAGAAGGUCACGGUGUCCAAACAUGCCAGUACUUGAAGGCUGCAAUGGGGGUCAAAAAAUGUCCCUACUGUGAAGAGCAAGGUCAUGCUAUGCAAGAAUGUCCCUACCUAAAAGCUGCAAUGAAGACAGAUGCUAGCAUGGCUAGAGCAACAGAGCUUAGGCUGUGA